UAAUCUCAGGAGAUCUGGAUCCUAUGUAAGUGUAGCAGGCAGAGCGGUGUUGGAACGAGGAGUCCACAGAAUUGAAAACCCACCACCACCACUCUCUUUCUCUUCUCCCCCAUCUCGCAGCAGAGCACGGUACUGUUCGCCCGAUAACUUGAUCUCUCCUCCCCGACCCGUCGAUCUUUGCAUGGCAGCAGCUAACUCCAGGGGGCGGGUGAUCGCUGGAAACUUCGUCGCCCGCGUCCUGGCCGGCAAGGCCGCCUCCCCGAGGAGGGCCGUGCACGCCUCAGCCUACGACAAGAACCUGGAGGACCAGGUGCGCCCGUCCGUCGUGCCGGACGAUGUGAUCGGCAGCGCCGGGAACCCCGACAAGUACUGGGGGCCCCACCCGAAGACCGGCGUGUUCGGCCCCGCGGUGGUGGACGCCAAGCUGGCCGCCGGCGCGCCGGACGCCGGCGCGAGUGGUGGAGGCUCGGUGCUGGAUCAGAAGGUGUGGUACCGCCCGCUGGAGGACGUCGAGAAGCCCCCUGUCGCCUGAGACGGGCGGGGCCGGCAGCACACUACUGCGAAGACGAGCCUAGCACUGCAACACCUACCACUGUUAAGCUGGGGCUCCUUGCUUACUACCGGUAGUGUGGCUGUGCUAAUACUAUUAGCAUGAAAUCAGACAUGGCGCGCAUCAGAACUGGUAAUAGUGUUAGUAGUAACGUGAUGCUCGUGUCUGAAAUAAGAGCAAGCAACGGACGUGUGCCCGUGUUGCUUGUGGCUGUGAUGCAAUUGUGUCCUAAUCAGUAUCGUAAGUACUUUGUCA